CUCGCACCGUCUGCUUUGUGUGUGUGUGUGUGUGUGUGUGUGUGUGUGUGUGUGUUUUGUUCUAUUCUUUCUUUUUGCACAUUCAACCUCAGCUCAUUUGAAACAUCCGAUCCGAUCGUACCUUCCAAACAAGUUUUGGUGAUUCCUAAAUGUUACGCGUAAAAAAAAAAACCACGGAAGUUUCUGUGCUGCGUUUUUCCCGGUUGGACUUGACAGACGACCGACAGUUGCAGAGAGUGCUCGUCCCCCCCUCCGAAAACAGCCACGGUCGUUCCCAUCGGUCCAAAGCGUGUUGACCCUUUGCCCUUUGAGAGUCGGCGGUUCACGGCGCACAGAGGGAUUGUCCUCUGACUCUGCAGCUGAACAGAAGAACAUGGAGGUGGAUCUUGGUGGAUUCCUGAGCCAGAACGACACGUACGACUACGACGAUGAGUACGAGUAUACUGCGGACGUUGAAUCAGAAGGCAGCGAGGCCGUGUUGGUCCCGGUUCUCUACUCCGCGGUGCUGGUUGUCGGCCUGCUGGGGAACGUGCUGCUCGUGGCUCUUCUGGCACAGAAGAGGCGGUCUUGGACUAUAUCCGACACCUUUGUCCUCCACCUCGCCGCCGCUGACCUCCUCCUGCUGGUGGCUCUGCCCCUCAGGGCCGCGCAGGCCGCUCAUGGCGGAGGAUGGUACUCUGGGGUCGCUCUCUGCAAGAUCAGCGGAGCAGUUUUUAACAUCAACUUCUACUGUGGGAUCUUUCUGCUGGCUUGCAUCAGUGUAGACUGCUGCCUCUCCAUCGUCCACGCGACCAAGCUGUACUCCCACAAGAAACCAGGGUUUGCUCAUCUCAGCUGCCUGUUAGUCUGGUUCAUCUCCCUGCUCCUCUCCAUCCCUGACUUUAUUUUCCUCACGACCGAGAAAGAUGCUGCACAAAUGAAAACAGUUUGUGUUCACAGCUACCCUCAGUCAGCAACUGACUGGUGGCUGUUGUCACACCUGCCCCACCUCAUACUGGGCUUCCUGCUGCCUGCAGCCACCCUGAUCAUCUGCUGCUUCCUUAUCCUGCUGCGGCUGCAGCAGAGAUCCAAAAAACUCCAGAAGGAGAGAGCCAUCAUGGUCAUCCUGCCCUUGGUGGUGGUCUUCUUUCUCUGCUGGAUGCCAUACAACAUCACCCUCAUCGUGGACACCUCCAGGGGCCGAUCUAAGCAACCUCAGGAAGGUUCCCUGAAAACAGCCCUGAUGGUCACAUCCGCUCUGGGCUGCGUCCACGCCUGCCUGAGGCCUCUGCUCUAUCUCUGCCUGUGUGGAAACUUCAGGAAACUGACCCUGGCCUUGCUGAGAUGCGCGACAGAGGAAUCUAAAAGUUCACUGUGGGAGUUUGGUGUGGGCGAGGAAGCCCCUCCUGACCAGGGUCACGAGGUGGAUGCGCUGAAACAGGUGACAAGUGCAGAGGAUCAGGUUCAGGCUACUCAGUGCUGAUGAACAGACAAAAACAACCCUCCUGUGACUCAGAAGUGAAUAAUGUUACACGCCUUGGAGGAAUUUAGCGUGAUGUCAUGUCAUGGGUUCAAGAAGACUAGAUUCUGUGUAAUGAUGAGAAAUGGAUUUUUUUUUUUAAAUGACUCGUAUUGCACUUUACUGUGAAGUUUCAGAGCCACGUUAUGGUGUUGUACUUUUAUUUUGUAAUCACUAUUACACAACUUAAGCUUGACACCCAAAAUCUCUUAAUACUGAUAUGUAUUUUUAUUGUGUAUAAUUAUUAAUAUUAUUAUUAUUUUACCAGAACUUUUAUAUAUUGUGUCAGUGAACCGUUUUCAGAUGUUAAACAAACGUCAUCAAGCUAAUGCAGUCAUUGAAAUUCAAGGGAAUAUAAACUCUUACUCAUGCCAGUGUUUUAGUGUCCUCGUAAUCUGGCAUGGUUUAUAACCUUGUUUCAUAUCAUAAACUGUUUCACUUUCAAUUAACAUGUAUAUGUUAUCUUGAAGCAGUACAGACUGUGUGGAUUCCACGAUUGCGCAACAGGUGUGUGGACUUCUGUGUAUGGUCAUGAGAUAGCGAGGGGAAUUUUCCUCUUCAAAUCCCACGGACUUUUUUUUCUUCCUUUUAGUUUCACAGUUGCAACAUGGAUGUUGUGUGAUCUGUAGGACACAGGACGACACAAACUGGUGGUGAUGUCAUCGGUCAGGUGACAGAGUCAGACGGGGAGAAGGAGUAGACAAAAAAAAAAACGCUCUCUGUUGGAGCCGCUGGCCUUUUCAUAGCUCUCUGUUUACUGUCAUUUGUCUGUUGGGUGGAGAGAGAACUGUGGCAUGCUUUGUGUGUGAGGGCAGUUGAAUGGGGAAAAAAAGAACCAAGUGGGUAAACGGAGAGAAGACGAGGAAUUGGACUAGAUAGAAUCCUACUUUAAAGACCACAGCACAUAUUGUACAUGUUACAGCCUGCCAGGCUGGCACCAUUUCUGUGCUCAAGGCAAGAGAAUAAUGUUGACACAUGUAAAUGUGACGUGAAAUAAAGUGUAUUCUUUUAGAAA